AUGGCGCCUGCCGGUGUCCUCGAAGCCCUGGGCCACGCCCUCGCCGGUGCAACCGGCACAGCCUUGUCGACGGCCGCAGUCUAUCCCCUUGACCUCGUCACGACGCGCCUCAAGGUCCAGCGCCAGCUACGGAGGGAGGACGCCAUCUCCGAGAAGGACCAGUACCGCGGCGUCUUCCAUGCGCUGAAGGCCAUUUCGUCACAAGAGGGCGGCGUGUCUGCGCUCUACACGGGCCUCGCCCAGGACGUAUUCAAGUCCAUCGCGGAUUCGUUCCUCUUCUUCCUGUUCUACCAGUACUUUCGGGAUGCCCGUCGUCGGUCGCGCGGCAGAAGGAGGUUGCCGGUGAUCGACGAGCUGGCUGUUGGCGCGUUAGCUGGCGCUUGCGCGAGAGGUUGCACGACGCCCAUCGCAAACGUGGUCGCGAGAAAGCAGACAUCAGCCAUGUUCGAAGGCAACGCUGACGGCGAGAACGCGUCGGUUUGGAAGAUUUUGUCUUCUAUUGGCGCCGAGAACGGCAUAGCUGGGCUCUGGGCCGGGUAUUCCGCCUCCUUGCUGCUGACGAUCAAUCCCAGCAUAACGUUUUUUCUCAACGAACAGUUGGGGAAGACGCUUCUCCCGGAUUCGGACGAGACAUCGCACAAUACACAAACCACCUUUCUCCUUGCUGCCGCCAGCAAGUCCAUCGCAACCAUCAUCAGCUACCCCCUACAAACCGCCAAAGCCAGGCUUCAGAUGCGGGGGUCUGGCAAUACUUCGCCGCGGAGAAGCACCGAUACCCUGGAGAGACCCUCUGGUUCAGAAUCCAACAAGGAACCCCAAAGCCCGACUUCCGUUGAUGAGAGGAGUGGCGCCCUAAAUAAGCUCAAGAGGAUGGCCGAAGGCAGCGUAAUAGCCAUCGUACUGUCUAUUGCGAGGACCGAGGGAUUGUCAGCAUUAUACGCCGGUCUCCAGGGCGAAGUGCUCAAGAGCUUCUUCAACCAUGGACUGACCAUGGUAACGAAAGGCAUCAUUCACAAGUUCGUCAUUCGCCUAGGUAUUCUGCUAUUGUCCCUGUCGCAAGGGAAGUCGCGCAGGGUCAGGUUGCAGCGUCUCCGUCAGAUAUUCCUCAGACUUCGAUGA